AUGUAUGAAAACCUAGAGAUAGAUGUAAGAAAUACAUUAGAUCAAGAAAGACAGAGGCAGAUUUUAGAAAAUAAACUUAGAUUGAAACCCAUUAUCGAGUCAGUAAUCUUUUUGGGACGACAAAAUAUUCCUUUUAGAGGUCGUAGAGAUCGAGGAUCUCUUGUCGUUUCCGAAGGUUCUUCUGAAGAUGAGGAUAGUUUUGUAAAUAAUGAAGUUAAUUCUAAGAACAAAACGCAGCUACCGAAAAUUCGGAAUGAUUUAUCGAUCGAUUUUUUCCACGAUGUUCUCAGGAUAACGAUAAAGGCUAUUAGUUUCUAUCUUUGUUUUCCUUCAACCUUUAAUAAGAACAAGAACGGAAAUUUGUGUCUUAGUCUUAGUCUUAGUCUUAGUCUUAGUCUUAGUCUUAGUCUUAGUCUUAGUCUUAGUCUUAGUCUUAGUCUUAGUCUUAGUCUUAGUCUUAGUCUUAGUCUUAGUCUUAGUCUUAGUCUUAGUCUUAGUCUUAGUCUUAGUCUUAGUCUUAGUCUUAGUCUUAGUCUUAGUCUUAGUCUUAGUCUUAGUCUUAGUCUUAGUCUUAGUCUUAGUCUUAGUCUUAGUCUUAGUCUUAGUCUUAGUCUUAGUCUUAGUCUUAGUCUUAGUCUUAGUCUUAGUCUUAGUCUUAGUCUUAGUCGAAAAAGACGAGUGAAAGUUAGAAAAAAAAAAACAGAAUGGGAAAGUUUUAUAAUUAAAAGCCAAAGAGGAGAAAGCAACAAAAACUUCAUAGAAGAAAUACGAGUAACAGUAUUAAAUUUAAAAUACAUUUCUACAAGUAACUCUGUAGAUGACUCAACGUAA